AAAUACAUCGUUAAUAUUGAUAAAAUAUUCUUGAACCGCGAUGGUCACGGUGAGCUCGACGCUGUCCGCAGCUCUUCUGCAGGCUCAUCGCCGAGGACCCAAAAAGUCUCUCCCAGCCGAGGUUUACUCUCAAUUUCUCUCCGACGCAGCAAAGGAGAGGAAGCCUUCACCAAUCCGGGGGCUCUAUCCCCUCGAAUCUCGGCCUGGCCUCAUCUCUCUGCUUGCCGGAAAGCCCAACGCGACCACCUUCCCGUUAACUUCCAUUCAGCUCAAAGCGCGCUCUCCGACUGAUCCAGAACAGGAGAUCACCACCGAUCUCAGCGGGAACGCACUCGCGGAAGGCCUGCAGUAUGGUCCAACAGCGGGUAUUCCGUCGCUGAUCGAAUGGGUGUACGGCUUGCAAGAAAAAGAGCAUGGUCGCAAGAAGGGCGAAGGCUGGAGAGUGAGCAUCGGAUCUGGUUCUCAAGAUGUGAUCUACAAGGCGGUCAACGCGAUCUUCAACCUAGGUGACUCCCUCUUGGUCGAAUCACCCGUUUAUGCUGGCGUCAUUCCGAUGUUCACUGCUCUGCGUCUUGAUUUAGUCGAGGUACAGACAGACUCUCAGGGCAUCUCAUCUGACUCUCUUCGUUCUGUCCUCGAGAACUGGCCGGCAGGCAAGCCCAAACCCAAGGCCCUAUACACCGUUCCGUACGGCUGCAACCCGACGGGCAUGACCGCGACUCUAGAACGCCGCCGCGAGGUUCUCCGGCUUGCACGAGAGCACAACUUCCUCAUCCUCGAAGACGACCCCUACUACUAUCUCUACUACGGCGACGCCGUCCGGGCGCCCUCCUACUUCUCGCUCGAGCUCGAGCAGCCCGAGGUCGGCCGCGUCCUGCGCUUCGACAGCCUGUCCAAGAUCCUCUCCGCGGGCAUCCGCAUCGGCUUCCUCUGCGGGCCCGACGCGCUGAUGACCGUGAUCGACAUGCACACCGCCGUUGCAAGCCUGCAGACGCCCUCGCUGACGCAGUCCAUCGCGUUCGCGCUCCUCGACGCGUGGGGCUACGCCGGCUUCCGCGCGCACACGGCCGCCGUGUCGGCGUUCUACCGCACGAAGCGCGACGUCUUCGAGCGCGCGAUGCGCACGCACCUCGCCGGGCUCGCCGAGUGGGACGCGCCCGAGGCGGGCAUGUUCUUCUGGUUCAAGCUGCUCGUCGGCUCGGACACCGAAGAGGGCGACUCGGAGAGCAUCAUUCGCACGAACGCUGUCGAGCGCGGGGUGCUCGCGCUGCCGGGCACGGUGUUCUUGCCCAAUGGCAGGAAGACGGCGUACGUCCGCGCUGCGUUCAGUCUCCUCCCGCCAGAGGAGGUCGAAGAGGCGAUCAAGCGUCUGCGGGACGUCAUCCUCGAUGCCAAGAAGGCUCAGUCCGUGUAAAAAGCAAAAGUUUGGGGGUUUCGUGCUGCUCCGCCCCUGGCCUGCGAAAGUUCAUAUUAUGCUGCAAUGUACAAAUACGAGUGCGGCAUUGUAACUCCGUUCUCCAAUCAGGGACACGUCU